AAUUUCCAAUGGAAAAUAUUCAACAAGAAAUAGAAAAGAGCCUGAAGAAUAUUCAGAUGAUGAUAAAACAUGUCUUAAGAGAUUCAUGAAUUCUAUAGUAAAGAUAGAAGAAGAACCCCAACAGGAAUUAAUUCAGAAUCUUCCUUAUAAAUGUAAUAGUACGUUUAGAAAGUUGCAAUAUUUAGAACAGCAUAUGUGCAUUAGAAAUACAUCUAAAAUCUCAUACAGGGGAAAAACAUUCCAAUGUACAAAUUGCAAUAAAACAUUUAAUAAAUAUGAUUUAGAUCUGCACAUUUGUGCUCGUGCCAAAGAACAAAACUUGAAUGAAUCUGGUAAUCGAAAACAAAAUAUUCAUGCUGCAAAGAGACCGUAUAAAUGUCAACAAUGUGAUAAAGCAUUCAUAAGAUUGAGUUAUUUGGAUCGUCAUAUGCUCCUUCACACUGGGGACCGCUCUAAUAAAUGUACAAUAUGUGAUAAGGCAUUUGCACAUUUGAGUAGCUUGAAACAACAUAUGCUCAUUCACACUGGGGAACGUCCUAACAAAUGUACAAUAUGUGCUAAGACUUUUACUCAAUCGAGUAGCUUGAAACAACAUAUGCUUAUUCACACUGGGGAUCGCCCUAAUAAAUGUUCAAUAUGUGAUAAGGCAUUUGCACAAUUGAGUAACUUGAAACAACAUAUGCUCAUUCACACUGGGGAACGUCCUAACAAAUGUGCAAUAUGUGCUAAGACUUUUACUCAAUCGAGUAGAUUGAAACAACAUAUGCUUAUUCACACUGGGGAUCGCCCUAAUAAAUGUACAAUAUGUGAUAAGGCAUUUGCACAUUUGAGUAGCUUGAAACACAUAUGCUCAUUCACACUGGGGAAUUUCGUAACAAAUGUACAAUAUGUGAUAAGACAUUCUUACGAUUGGAUAGUUUGA